AUGGCCAACGCCAGCAACAGCAACAGCAACAGCAACAGCAACAACAAUCCCACGUUACCAAUCUCCCUUGACCCCGACGCCGUCGAAGACCUAAUCUAUUUUUCGCGCACGGGCGAGCUCGAAGGCCUCAGAGACCUCAUCUCCGCACUAUGUCGGUCACACUCAUGUUCGCCGGCCGCAAUCCUCGCAUCGGCGAUUGACGUCGACGCCGACGGACUUGGGUCGCAGUCGACGCUGCUGCAUUAUCCGGCUGCGAAUGGGAAUUUUGAGGUGGUGGAGUAUUUGAUUUCGUUGAUCCAGGAGACGUCGAGUGAGAAUGAGGUGGAAAAGCAGCAAAAAGAACAACAACAACGACUAACAUCGUCGUCGUCUUCGUCGUCGUUAAUCAAUCGCCAAAACGUCAGUGGAAACACACCCUUGCAUUGGGCAGCAAUAAAUGGACAUUUGGAAGUGGUAAAGGCGCUUGUGGCGGCGGGCGCAGACCCAAGCAUUGUGAAUGCUGCGGGGCGUGAUGCCGUGGUUGAGAGCGAGUGUAGUGCGAAUGAGGGGGCCAAGGAGUGUGCGAAUUGGUUGUUGAAGAAUUGCCAAGGUUUGGAGAGGGGUGUUGGUGGUGGUGACGAGGCACAAGCGGCGGAUACGACUAUGGAUGAUGUGGAGGUGGAAAAUGGCGAAGCUGCAGGUGAAGCUGAAGACGGAGUUGAAAGAGGUCAAGGAGAGAAUCAGACCCAGCCUUGA